GCUGGUUGUGCGUGCCAUUGUGUGUAUGAGACAGAGGAUGGGAGACCAGUGCCAGAGGCUCGGGUGUGUUUGUGGCGGGGGAGGGGGUCUUACACCCCAAUGUGGGCCCCUGGCCUCGGGUAUAGAACGAGUGUAUGUCCCUGCUUGGGUGCGUCUGACCCUGCUGAUGGAUACCGCCAGGCAUUCUCCACCCCUCACGGCGCUAGCGCCCCCUUCUGGGCACCCUGCUCUGUGUGCUUGAAUGUGGUCGGCCUCUGUGUGCGCUCACAGUUGGACUGUGCAGUAUGGGGGCCUGGAACUCGGGCUGGGGAUGAAGAUGGUCUGCUAAAGGGCUGAGCCUGGACCCCUGGGGCCUUCACUGAGGAGGUGGCUUGGGAGCGCGAGGUUCCCAGGCUCAGGCUUCCCGCUGACGCCUCCCGGCCGCAGCGGGCUACCCCCACCUCCACCCCCCACCCCGCCCCAGGAAUGUUCUUCUCCACUACAGCACGCCUCCCCAAGGGCAGGCCCCUGGGGGCUGCCUCAGCCCCGCCUCCCCUCCCCGGGAGCCCGGGAGGGGGCGAUGCGGGCGGGCAGGACGCCUGGGUUCCUCCCUCCCUCCCAUCCCAGGGAGAAAUUCCUCCGAGGUCCCCUCAGGCUCUGGGUUCCCAAAAUAACCCUGCGGGGGAAGGGAGGCUGUGGCGGGAGGGAAGCGGGAGGGGCGCGGAGCCGAGCCGCGGGGUGCUGCAGGUGCCUCUGGUGGAGAGGACGCGAGGGGAAGAAGGCCUAGGAGGGGCUGGGGCAGAAACCAGUCCCCGGAGUCCUGUCUCGUCCCCCUUCCCGGGGAGCCCCUUCGGCCUUCCCGUGACUCCGAGGGGGUCCUGUCCGAGCCCUGUGGGAGGCUCCGGAGUGCAGCUGGGCCCAGCCUACCCGCUCCGGCAGUCAUGGCGGGCACCCUAGACCUGGACAAGGGCUGCACAGUGGAGGAGCUGCUCCGCGGCUGCAUCGAAGCCUUUGAUGACUCCGGGAAGGUGCGGGACCCUCAGCUGGUGCGUAUGUUCCUCAUGAUGCAUCCUUGGUACAUCCCGUCCUCUCAGCUGGCGGCAAAACUGCUUCACAUCUACCAGCAGUCCCGGAAGGACAACUCCAAUUCGCUGCAGGUGAAAACAUGCCACCUGGUCAGCAGGUACUGGAUCUCAGCAUUCCCAGCAGAGUUUGAUUUGAACCCUGAGCUCGCUGAGCAGAUCAAGGAGCUGAAGGCUCUGCUUGACCAAGAAGGGAACCGGCGGCACAGCAGCCUCAUUGACAUCGAGAGCGUCCCCACCUACAAGUGGAAGAGGCAGGUGACCCAGCGGAACCCUGUAGGACAGAAAAAGCGAAAGAUGUCCCUAUUGUUCGACCACCUGGAGCCUAUGGAGCUGGCCGAGCAUCUCACCUACUUGGAGUAUCGCUCCUUCUGCAAGAUCCUGUUCCAGGACUAUCACAGUUUUGUGACUCAUGGCUGCACGGUGGACAACCCGGUCCUGGAGCGGUUCAUCUCCCUUUUCAACAGUGUCUCCCAGUGGGUGCAGCUCAUGAUCCUCAGCAAGCCCACGGCCCCUCAGCGUGCCCUGGUCAUCACGCACUUUGUCCACGUGGCAGAGAAGCUGCUGCAGUUGCAGAAUUUCAACACGCUGAUGGCGGUGGUCGGAGGCCUGAGUCACAGCUCCAUCUCCCGCCUCAAGGAGACCCACAGUCAUGUUAGCCCUGAGACCAUCAAGCUCUGGGAAGGUCUGACAGAACUAGUGACGGCCACCGGCAACUAUGGCAACUAUCGGCGCCGGCUGGCCGCCUGUGUGGGCUUCCGCUUUCCCAUCCUGGGCGUACACCUCAAGGACUUGGUGGCCCUCCAGCUGGCACUGCCUGACUGGUUGGACCCUGCCCGGACCCGACUUAAUGGGGCCAAGAUGAAACAGCUCUUCAGCAUCCUGGAGGAGCUGGCCAUGGUGACCAGCCUUCGGCCACCAGUGCAGGCCAACCCCGAUCUGCUGAGCCUACUCACGGUAUCUUUGGAUCAGUAUCAGACAGAGGACGAACUCUAUCAGCUGUCCCUCCAGCGGGAGCCGCGCUCCAAGUCCUCGCCAACCAGCCCCACAAGCUGCACCCCACCUCCCCGGCCCCCAGUGCUGGAUGAGUGGACCUCAGCUGCCAAGCCCAAGUUGGAUCAGGCUCUUAUGGUGGAACACAUCGAGAAGAUGGUAGAGUCUGUGUUCCGGAACUUUGACGUUGAUGGGGACGGCCACAUCUCACAGGAAGAGUUCCAGAUCAUCCGUGGGAACUUCCCUUACCUCAGCGCCUUUGGGGACCUCGACCAGAACCAGGAUGGCUGCAUCAGCAGGGAGGAGAUGAUCUCCUACUUCCUGCGCUCCAGCUCCGUGCUGGGCGGCCGCAUGGGCUUCGUGCACAACUUCCAGGAGAGCAACUCCUUGCGCCCGGUUGCCUGCCGCCACUGCAAGGCCCUGAUCCUGGGCAUCUACAAACAGGGCCUCAAAUGCCGAGCCUGUGGUGUGAACUGCCACAAACAGUGUAAAGACCGUCUGUCAGUUGAAUGCCGACGCCGGGCCCAGAGUGUGAGUUUGGAGGGGUCUGCGCCCUCUCCCUCCCCCACCCACACCCACCAUCGGGCCUUCAGCUUCUCCCUGCCCCGCCCUGGGCGCCGAGGCUCCAGGCCUCCAGAGAUCCGAGAAGAGGAUGUGCAGACAGUGGAGGAUGGCGUAUUUGAUAUCCACUUGUAAUGGAUGCUGUGACUGGAUCAAACACUCAUAUCUGCCUUGGAGAAAAGACUUGGACCAGAGCAGAAAGCCUGGGGUGCUGGGGCAGCAGGCUGGGGCUGGGUGGGCGGGGUGUGAGGGUGGCAUGCAAUGGAGGGUUGGGCCAGGGCUGGCGUCCCUAAGGUUGUACAGACUCUUGUGAAUAUUUGUACUUUCCAGAUGGAAUAAAAAAGGCCCAUGUAAUUAACCUAGA